AUGGAUGCUAGCGAUAUUCCCACUACUAUGCAAGCCUGGACUUUCAGCACUUCUGGUGCCCCAGAGCAGGUCUUAUCAUUUAACCCGUCAUCGCCGAUGCCUCCCAAACCAAAAGGGUCCCAAGUUCUCGUCCGAAUCUCACAUGCUGCCCUGUCGUCUGCUGGCAAAACCCUCAUGAUGGUGGUACCGUCUGCACUUCGAAAAAACGCCAUCCCAGAACUCGACUUUUCCGGAUGUGUCGUCUUGGCAGGCCCCGAUGUCGCUCCUAGACUUGGGCCUGGAACACCAGUCUUUGGAACUGUAUCCAAGUAUGCCACCGCUGUAUCGGGUCACGGGACGCUGGCAGAGUACCUUCUCAUCGACUCUGACUGCAUCGCGAUCAAGCCUACCAACAUGACAUUUGCUGAGGCUGCUUGUCUGAGUGUUCUUGGUCAAGUCGCUAUGGGAAUGAUUCAAAAAGCCCAGGUCAAGAAAGGGGAUCGCAUCUUGAUCAAUGGAGGUAGUGGUGCUGUUGGUACUGCUGCUAUUCAGUUGGCGAAACAUCUCGGGGCACACGUCGUUGGUGUCUGUUCAGGAUCGAAAGCGGACAUUGUCAAGAGCGUUGGGGCGGACGAGGUUGUCGACUAUCGCCAAGUCAAGUCCGUGUCAGGUUUCCUCACAGAAACAUAUGGAAAGGCCCCUUUUGAUGCCAUUUUGGACACAGUCGGAUCGCAAGAGUUGUUUAUCAAGUCACCCAGAUACCUCAAACCGAAUGGAAUUGUUGUAAACGUCGGUGAGGGUAAUGGAGAGACGGGGCAACUGUCUUUCAUUCUCCAGGCCCUUAGGAAUACCCACCAGCCUUCGUUCUUGGGCGGCGUUCCCAGGAAAUACAUCACUUUCAGUGCCCCUCUAACCGGCGCAAAUGCGGAGCGGCUAGCCUCACUUGCAGAAGAUGGGAAAAUGCGCGUGUUUAUUGACUCUUCAUUUCAUUUCAAGGAUGUUCUCAAGGCAAGUCCCCCGUCCAUCUCCACGUUGAAUCCACUAACAUUGCAACCAGGCUUAUGA